AUGAAGGCGUCUCCUCACGACCCUGACCUUCCAGUAGUUUCCACACCGGGGUCCUUGGAGGUAACGCAGAGUAUGGAUGAUGACCCUCUACUUGAUGCACCACUUCUUCCACGCCAUACGUUACAUUCCAGGCUUCAUCCAGAGUUCCAUGCUAUACCUACAGUCUUUGUUGCCAAUGUUUUGUUGCUUCUGCAUGUUACCUUCGUUGUGUUGGCAUUUGUGACAGGGGUUAUUUGUUCUUAUGCUGAUUCAAGUGAAGACACGUGCCCUGAAAACUAUACUUAUCCUUUUAAAGUGCAGACUACUAUAACGAUUGCCAAGGUAAUUCUAUGGAUGCUUCAUCUGUUCCUGGAGCGUUUCAUUCACUUUCACCACAGCAAAGCUAGAAGCAAAGGUUAUCUCCGCAUCUACCGAACCACAAGACACCUUAAAAGGUUUCCCCUGCUAAUUCAGUCAACAGGAAAUGUGGCUUUAUUGCUGAUAGUGUCAUUGCAACAUUCGUUUCCUAAUCACAAUAAAAUGUAUCUCUGCUUCAUGCUGGGAAUCUUGGCUAUGGAAUUGAUAUGCUCAUUGAUAUGUCUGGUUGUGUACACAGUGAAGGUAAGCAACUUUAACCAAGCAAAGCCAAGACCUGAUAUAAUAGAAGAAGAGAAGAUGUAUUCCUAUCCUAAUCAAGUUACCUCAGAAGUUGGAUUCAGAGAAUUCUCAAGUUUGGAAGAAGUAGUUGAAAAACAAGGUGACAUGAUUGAAUACCUUCAGCGGCACAAUGCCCUACUUAGCAAGAGACUAUUGGCAUCGAUAUCAGAGCAGAACAGAAGCUAGUGGUAUUCAAGACAGCAAUGCACAAGAAAAAUAUCCAGCACUGAUUUAUUCUCAGAAAUACAAGUUGUAUUGAAAAACUCCAGUCCAGGUUUUGAAUAGCAGUUGGUCACUCCUGGCUGAUUGGGAAAGCUUCUUUUUUAAAAGGAUAUAUAUUUUUAAAUGGUUGUCUCUACUAAUUUUUUUUUUUUUUUUUUUUGCAGUGCAGGAAGCGGACCUUAGAUAGGAAAAAUUUCUCUUUCUAUGUCAGUUGCAGAUUGUUCUUCCAAAGUGCCAAAGAUUUCUAUGGUAGUUCAGGAUUCAGUUCUUUUCAAAAAUACAACAAGAUAAACAUCUUCAUUUAAAUGUCAGUUUUCCUUAUAUUUUUGUUAUAGGAUACAUUUAUAAAAGAAAUUAAGGACUAUUAGUAUCUCUGCUUCCUCAGAGAUGAAUUAAGUUGCUAUAGUAAUAGUGAAGAAUCAUCUGGAAAACUGACACCUUUUUUAAAAAACCUGUGCAGAAUCACUAAGAUUCCAUUUCUGUAAAUAUAGUGAUAACAGAAUAUCCAAAAGCGGGAAAUGAGGAUAUCCUACAUAAACUGGAAAGACCCCAUGUGGGUAUAAUAUGGGAAAUAUAAAUUGUGCCUUUUAAAAUCAUGGGUAUCAAAAUAAAAGUUAAUGUUGCCUUUCUGCCUUGCUUAUGUGUAUGGGUCUCAGCAUCUUACAAUCAAAUGAACAAGAAUGGGAAAGUGUGUAAAAAUAUUUUUUAAAUGUGUGGGGAUAGUAACAAGCUGCAUGUAAGUCUUUAUCCUAGCGGUUUAUGGUAUGGUAUUGUUUAUAAUGUGAAGAAACAUAAGUUUCUGGCUUUUAAGUUCUUCUUAAGACCUACUUCUUUAUUUUGAAAAGCCACUUCUUUAAUUCCUGCAUAUGGGAUUAAAAUCCAGCUCCUCUGCCCUUUAAACCUGUCAUAAUUGUUGAAAAUACUCAGGCCUACUAUAUUCUCCCUGAAAGCUGUUGCACAAAAUACAUAGAUAAAAGUGUGUGGAUCCUACUGAAUUCAGCGAAAAUUAAUUGCUGGGAACUGCUGGACUAAAGUUUUUAAUUUUCUUUUUCUCUGUUAACAGAUAAUUGCCUACUCUGUCUUUCUGCCGCCAACGAAGAGUAAUUUUUGUGUAUUCUGUAAUCAGAAAGGCAUACUUUGCCAUCAUCCUGCUAUAAAUUAUGCAAACUAAUUGUUCAUCCACUGCUUACUUAUAUAUGUAUGCAUGUAUAUUGCACAAAAUAACUUAAUAUUGCAACUGACUGCUUCUAACACUAAUUCCUUCAUGUCUUUUAGGCUGUGGUUUAUACACAGGUAAGAUUUUAUAUAGGAGAUGAGUUUUCCUUUUAAAGGUUACUUAGAUUUCAUCAUUGUUUGUAUGUAAUUUGUUCUACCUUUUGUAUUAAAUGUGAUAAGUUAAUAAAUGCAAUAAAUCCUAAUCUAUU